AUGGCCUUAUUCCAAUACGCUGUGUACCGAGACUGUGGCGUUGCCGCUGUAUGCCUGUGCCAAUCACCCGUCCUGCCUGCUUACGCUAUACUUCUGUCAUCCAUUGUUCCACCUUGGAUCUUGGCCCUCCUGCCGCAGGCCAUAUGGCAACUUGGAGGUAUGACUGUAACUGCACGGGUUGUGGGUGAUGUGAAAGGAGGUGCCAGACAUACCAAGUCACACUUCAUCAUCACGUUGAAAGCUCCUCCUCAACACACCAUGCUUAGAGUGAGGCUCCGCGUGCAGUUUUCCCGUACUGUCCAAGUAACUGCCUUGCGUAUGACCAGCUGA